AUGCUCGACCAGCUGCCACUAGAAUUGCAGCAACGAAUUCUUCAGAAUCUCCACGAGCCGGAUGUCCGCUUCCGAUUCGCCCGUACCUCCAAAUCGAACUGGAAUUUGUUGAAGACCCUCCCCAGAAAAUGCCAACAUUUCUCGGUGAAAGCUGAUCAGAACUCAAUUGAAGUUUUUAUUUCACGAGGCAGAUUUAAAAGCCAUUUGAUAAGAAAUGUGAAUGUUCAGGAGCUACUUUUUGCCGGCGCUACGGUAGCGGAACUGAAGAUUUACGACCCGGAUUUUCGGCUAGACAACUUGAAAGCCGACCGGCUCGAAAUUGGUGAAGAGAUAGAAGAUGUCAUACCUAUUUUGAAACGAUUCCUACCCGCCGGAAAAUAUUCCCACGUCUGUCUUCACGCCCAAAACCCAAGCCUGGUGCUUUGCAAAUUCGGGACGAAGUAUAUCAAGGAGUUUUGGGAAAUCGGGACGAUCAACCUAAAAGGCUAUAUCCCUCUCAAAUGUCCCGAAAUACGAUUUUAUAUUCGACCGAAGGCGGCACAUCAAAUAGGAGCGUACAUCAAUGGCAUCAUUCAGGACUGGAUGAAUGGUAAUCGUAUAAUCAAGCGAAUUACCAUUUGCGCAAUGCCGAUUUGGAAGAUGGCCAACCAGUUCGAGCUCCAAAAAUGUUAUUUGAGGAAGGAUGGACGGAUUCUACAAGUUGCACUCGACCACAAUCGCGUACGAUGGAAAAUAUGGGCCUGGCAGCGUCACUGG